UCCGCGUGUUUGCUGAUCAUGUUGUUGAGAGCUCAGAAGUGACAACUGGUGUUACCAAAAUCGGGCAGUGUGAACUUCAUGAUCUUGUCCUUCUGGAGUAAGUGGAAUACCUACUCAUCUUGAAGUGAUGCAGAGUUCCCAUUUUCACGCUUCUGAAAGCUUUUUUUUUUAUUUUUUGAUGCAGUAACCUUAGCUUUGGAGUAAUUAUACGUCUAGAAAAUGAAGCUUUUCAGAUAAAUUGCCAACUUUCUGAAAAUACAACAAUCAUUAAGUCUUAUGUGUAGCUGCUGCAGUUUCAGAUUUUCUUUUUUGUUUUUCUUUUUCUUAUAAACGCCAAUGGAUGUUUAACUCUGUUUUAAUGUCCUUAGGUUCUUAAAGGGAAUCCUGACAGACCAGAGGUUGCUCUUGUCAAACUCAGAGAAAUCAAAUGCAAACUCGAUAGGAAAAUUAGUGUUCAAGAUCGCUACAAAAAUGUCAUUGCUGUGAAAGAUGAUGUUAGAGUAAUCGAGGGUCCUAGCCAAGUGAGUACCUUUACAGACUGGCGCUGUGGGUUAUCUUUCUCAACGCUAAUUAUCUCAUGCCAAUUAAUGCGUACAUAAUAGGGUAAACAAGGUCCCGUGAGGCAUAUAUACAAAGGAGUCUUAUUUAUAUAUGAUCGGCAUCACCUUGAGCAUGCUGGAUUUAUAUGCGCUAAAUGCACAUCAUGUAUUGUUGUUGGUGGAUCACGUUCUGGUACUAAUAGAAAUGGUGGGGAUUCAUUAUCAAGGUUUAGCAAUUUCAAGGCACCUGCCCCAGUACCCCCAUCCCCAAGACGAUUUCAACGCGGAGGCAUGGGUUAUAACGCUGGAGGGAGGGGAAGGGGUGGAAGGGGAGGGAGAGACAUUCUUUGUUGGGUACUACUGUCAAAAUCCGUUUAGGACCUUUCAAGGGGUAUAGGGGACCUGUAGUAGAAGUCAAAGGAGAUUCAGUGCGUGUAGAGCUUGAGAUGAAGAUUGUGACAGGCAAUCCCUUGUUUAACUUCUCCGCUUGGGGGAAUAGACUUGUGUAUGCAGUUGAAUGAACUUUUAACGAUUAUUGUGUAUGCAGUUGAUCGGAAUGCAAUAUCGGAUAAUGUGUCUGUGACAACACCUUCUCGGGAUAUAUCUCGGUAUAGUAUGGGAAGCGAAACACCUAUGCAUCCUUCACGGACUCCACUUCAUCCUUAUAUGACUCCAAUGCGGGACUCUGGAGCUUCACCGAUCCAUGACGGUAUGAGGACACCCAUGCGUGAUCGAGCUUGGAAUCCUUACACGCCUAUGAGCCCACCUAGGGAUAACUGGGAUAAGAAGGAAAUCCAGGAUCGUGGGGAACGAGUCCUCAAUAUCAACCGGGAAGUCCUCCUUCACGGGCAUAUGAAGCACCGACUCCUGGCUCAGGAUGGGCUAGUACUUCCGGUGGUAGUUACUCAGAUGCAGGGACGCCCAGAGAUCAUGGUUCGGCCUAUGCUAAUGCCCCAAGUCCAUACAUACCAUCUACACCUGGACAACCCAUGACACCAAGCUCAACUUCAUACUUACCUGGAACUCCCGGAGGACAACCAAUGACUCCUGGAACUGGGCUCGAUGUCAUGUCUCCUGUUAUAGGUGGAGAUGCUGAAGCAUGGUUCAUGCCUGAUAUUUUGGUUGACAUACACAAGGUUGGAAAAGACAGCGAUCUGGGGGUCAUUCGAGAUGUUUCGGAUGGAACGUGUAAAGUGUCUCUGGGGUCCAGCGGUGAAGGUGACACUAUAGUGGCCCUUCCGAGCGAACUGGAGAUAGUUCCUCCGAGGAAGAAUGAUCGUGUAAAGAUUGUUGGCGGCCAGUUUCGUGGGUCUAUCGGUAA